AGGAGGAGGAAUUAUGAUGAUGAUGAUGAUGAUGGUGGUGGUGGUGGUGGUGAUAUAGCAGGUGCUGCAGGCUCGUGCCGCAUUAUUGCCUGUCCGCCGCCAGCGACGCCGAGGAGAGAGGUGAUGGUGUCGUCGUCGUCAUUGUGCCACAGAGGAGGAUGAGGAUGAUGAGGAUGAGGAUGAUGGAGGGACGAAGAAGAAGCGGCUGUCUGAGCUCAGGCCGCCCGGAUCAGCAGGUUGGACGCGGAGCCUGAAAGAAAAACUAAACCAAAACCAAACCAAAAAAAAAAGGAAAAGUAAAAAAUUAGGUGGAAGUUGAUUUUCUUUUUUGCAGGUGUGUAAAAGUGAAGAUGUUUCACAGGAGCUUCAGCAGCAGAGUGUGUGUCAGUUCAGGGUGGAUUACAGAGCAUCAGCAGCAGCAGCAGCAUCAUCAUCAUCAGGAGCAUCAGGAGCAUCAGGCCUCCAUCUGAAGUCAUCUUCUGAUCAGGAAACCGUGAGCAACAACUAAAAAGAAAGAUACUCUUUACUUCUUCUCCCUGUUGCCUGUGGAAGCAGAAGAUGACUCACCUGCAGGCCGGUCUCUCUCCAGAGACGCUGGAGAAGGCCAAGGUGGAGCUCAAGGAAAACCAGGAGACCCUGCACCAGGACAUCCAGGAGGUCCGGGACAUGAUCAUCACGCGGCCGGACAUCGGGUUCCUCAGGACGGACGACGCCUUCAUCCUCAGGUUCCUCCGGGCGAGGAAGUUCAACCACUUUGAGGCGUUCCGCCUGCUGGCCCAGUACUUUGAGUACCGGCAGCAGAACCUGGACAUGUUCAAGAACCUGAAGGCCACAGACCCGGGGAUCAAGCAGGCACUGAAGGACGGGUUCCCCGGUGUCCUCUCAAACAUGGACAGACACGGCAGGAAAAUACUUGUCCUGUUUGCAGCAAACUGGGACCAGAGCAGAUACACGUUUGUGGACAUACUGCGAGCCAUCCUGCUCUCACUGGAGUCUAUGAUCGAGGAUCCCGAGCUGCAGGUCAACGGCUUCAUCCUCAUCAUCGACUGGAGCAACUUCACCUUCAAGCAGGCGUCAAAGCUGACGCCGAGCAUGCUGCGACUCGCCAUCGAGGGGCUGCAGGACAGUUUUCCUGCCAGAUUUGGAGGAAUUCACUUUGUGAACCAGCCGUGGUACAUCCACGCUCUCUACACCGUCAUACGACCCUUCCUCAAAGACAAGACCAGGAAGAGGAUCUUCAUGCACGGUAACAACCUGAACAGCCUCCACCAGCUCAUCCACCCCGAGAUCCUGCCGUCAGAGCUCGGUGGAAUGAUGCCGCCGUACGACAUGGGCACGUGGGCGCGAGCGCUGCUGGACCAUGCCUACGACGAGGAGACGGACUACUGUCCGGAGUCCUACACGCUGUCUGUACAAGACCUGGAGAGAGACCUGGAGAAAAACAUGUCCCCGAAAACCAUGAAGAGGUCUCAGUCAGUGGUCGAGCCCGGCGUCCUGAAACGACCAGACAAAGUCAAGAGCGAGGAGGACAACAUGCAGCCGCUGCUGUCGCUGGACUAAACCAUCCCCGAAAUCCCCAAUCCAAUCAGUAUUUACACACACACAUGAACUCUCCUGUGGAUUUUUGUGUGUGCACACACUGUCGGCGACACACACUCCACUCCUGAAAAGGCGAACGCUGCUGCUGCUGCUGCUGCUGCUGCUGCUGCUGGAUUCUCGUUUCUUCCACGUUUUCAGAAAGGAACUUAUGUGAAGCAGACAAAUUGGACAAGUGGGACGUUUCCUCAGACUGAGGGGGCUUCUAAUGGGGUUCUCGCUAUAUAUAUUUAUUUAUUUUGAUUAUUUGUCAAGUGCCAAUUGAAAAAAGACAAAACAAAACUGUAAACUAACAUCUUUAAAUAGUCCAGCAGGAGCGAGGAGGCGUCAGGUCGAAGAUGUCCACAGAGAACUGUGAAGGUGCCACAUACUGAAUGUGUGAAAGCACCAUUUCCUGCAGUUGUGAAGUGUGCGGUCGAGGAUGGACGUGGAAACCUGGAGACGGACAUCGCUCUUCAAAGAGGGGCUUGGGGGCUGCAGUUUUCCGAAAGCUGCCAUUUUUUCCCCCCUUCUCCCUCUCUUACCUUCUUUGUACAGAAAGUUGAAGAAACGGCAAAAGGUUUCGCCUCAGGAUCACGAGUUUGUUCAGUCUCCUGGAACUAAAGCUGUCCCACAGGCAGGCGGGUGGUUGGUUUAACCGGGAGUUAACACGGUGUUAACCAGGAGGAGUUUGUUGGUGUAAUUCCUGUGAAAAUAAUAUCCUAACUCUUAGCCUCUUGGAUAACCAAACACCCCUUUACGGUAAGAGUUGACGCGACAAAAUCAUCCGUUUUUUUUGUUUCGUGGCCAUUUUCCUCCUCCUAACUGACCCUUGCGUUCCAAUCAGGGCUGUCACUCUUUCCAAAGAUCUAUUUCAAACGAAUACGGAAAACUUUAAAUCCAUCAAAUCUAUUCGGCUAUUCCCUUUGCCCGCACACAAUUACAAAACUUUUCACUCUUAUGCUACGUUCACACCGGCAUUCGCCUCUAACAUGCCGCAGGAUCAAUUUAGUGCCGGAAGUCGACAUAUUUUUAGCCCUAAGAUCAUCAUCCCUUGAAACGUCUGCAGAGACAAAACCUCCGUCAUGUGUGGUUUCACAACACCAUCCUGAGCCGGGCGCAGCUUGGCGAGUUUCACCGUUUACUUCAGGAGCUCCAUAUUGAAGCAAUACUUUCGCAUGAGCAGACGAAACGCCUGUAGUUGGUAUCACUCUGGGAAAUAGUGGCCUGAUACGAGCUUGGAAGUCGUCAUGCAAAAGCAUAGCUGGACGCAGUUCCCAUCCAUACAGAGUCAACGGUGAAACUGGCUAGAGUCUGGCCACCAGCAAGUACGUCACAACGUCUGGAGAAUCAUUUUACUAUUUACUAUUACUAUUAGUCACGCCAGCUUAAUCACUAGAUCGUCAAUGGGGUUGAGCUAACAGCUAAGCUAACAUGUGAGUCGGCCGUUAUUUUGCCAUUUGUCGUGGUAGAACCUGAAAUGCUUCCGCUCGCCGCUUUGCACAUACUUUAAAUGUCCACUUCAUCUUUUUUAGCCCCUUCGUGAUUAUCAUCACUCAUAUUGCCAGAGACUUGUAGUGUUUUUUUCCACUCUUACAUAAAAUGUGAUGUCACACAAUCACUGGAAAUAAGUCAGAGGAAGAAGAAAACAACAGGAAACUCAUGUAGCUUAGCGACAACAUUACAGUCGUCACUAUUCCAUAUCUUUUACUUCGUUCUGACAUUCAAAUUCAACUGAGAUUGGAUGAUUUUAAGCGGUUAAUAAAACGAAAUGUAACGUAGUAAAUUAAAUGUUUUGAAAAAACAAGGUUUGCUAAAAACAUGUAGGGCUAGCAGCUACGCUAACAGUCCAGAAGUAAACAUGUAUGAUAGUGUAGGACAUGACUAAUGCUGAAAUAGUGAGUCAAUGUUUUUAUAACAAUUAAAAACAAGAUUUAUUACAGGGUGCCCUCUUCUGAACCACAGGGUAAUUACUUCAAAUGGUCUGGUGCGCAUUUAGGCUGUUGAUUUUUUAUCUUUAAAGGGAUUUUUGAGGUUUGAAUGUGAAUUUCCCCCUGGCAAGUUACAACGGAUACCCAAAUUUGGCGGUGAAAAGGUGACAGCCCUUUAGUCCACACGAGGGCAGUAUUUCUUCUCUACCAUAAAACUUCUGGCCCUUUUUAGAAAAUCAUGCAUUUAUUUGGCUGAAGAUGACCAAAAGCUAUAUUUUCACACUUUGACCAAAUGAAUACGGCUCACGUUAAUUUUAUAACAAAGCAGUGAAAGCGGCAGAGCGUUUUGCCUCCUCCUGUUACUCUGUGAUGAAUUUGUUAUAUUUUUUAGCAAUAAUAAUAAUCUCCUUUUUGACUAGAGUUGUAUGUCAGUAUUAUGUAAGGUUUUAAGAAUUAGGUAUUACAUUAAAGGAUAGGACGUAGUGGUAAUUUUUUAUUUCUUUAUAUAUUUUUUUUUUUUGCAUGUCCAUUUAAAUCACACGUAAAGGAUUUUUUUGAACACACACCCUGAGAAAUUAAUUCAUUUUGGGGCUGCAGUGCACUUUGUUUGAUUUCAUUCAAGUAUAUUAUUGGUGUUACAGAGUUGAAAACUGAUGCUCCUUCUUCUGAACCGACUCAAGAUUUGACUGAAGAAAUCGCUCUUUUGUUUUUUACGUUUUGUGCUAACGUGAGAACAAGAAUGUCUAAAGUUUAGCGCUUUUUUUGCCAUUAGGGUUCAGUUCUGCAGAAGUUUAAAGGGGCGGAGCGACAUUUUUAAUGAAUGGGUUAUUUUUUAGCCAAUUGAUAUCAGGUGUUGUUUACAUUCCUGCCAUGAUUUUUACCCAAUUGUCCUAAUCUGGAAACAAACAAUGUAGUUUUGAGAGAAAACACUGAAUGUAAACACAAGUUUUCAAGAUUGUUUCAAAAGGAAAACUCCACAAGUUUGAAAUGUCAGUGCCGUGGACCUGCAGAGCACAGAUCAAUAACUUAAUUAGUUCACAUUUGCAAAACUGAGUUUGUGUUUAACGCUGAUGGAUGUACGGUAAUAUCAAAGUGAGCAGCAUCAUAAAUAUCACAGGCAGGUACAACGUGCAGUACAAACCUUAUAUUGAUCACUGUAUUUUUUUUUUAUUUUACACAUUUUAAAGUGCAGUAUUCUGUUCAGGGCUGGAGUGAGACGAGCUCCUGCUGCAGUACAAGUCGGUACUGACCUCUAUUUUCUGCUCCACUCACUGAUCCUCAACGCCUCCGAUUCCCCAAAAAUACUCCUCUCUCUCUCUCCGUGUGAACCAGAAGGUGUUCGACACAGUUUGUGUUCUUGCAAAUCAGACGUUCACUAUGUGUUCUAUGCUGCAAACGUGAAAAAGGAAAGCAGGAGAGAGAGAGAGGCGGGCAAACAGACAGCCGAGCAGAGAAGAGCGCAGAAUGGCCGGCAGGCAGGCGGGAAGCGCGAGGUGGCCGAGUGCUACGAGAGCAGACAGCUGGAAUGUUAAACUAUCACACCAGUGUACACGACAUGUCAGCCUCACUUACAGCAGCUCGGAGGCUCGAGCCGCAGAGGGAACAACGAGUCAGAGAACAGUGUGUGUUUGUGUGUGUGACUCCGCUGCAGUUUAAAUCAGUCAGACAGUGAUAAACUGCAGCGUGUGAAGGCGACGCCGGAGGUUCACUCAGUCGUCUGAAAACAAAGGCCAACCACAAUGAAUCAGUUACAUUUGCUGUAGUUUUUUUUUCGGUUUGUUUUAUAAAUUCUCUUCGGUUAAAGCUGCAGUAAGCAGGAUCACAGUUUGUCGCGUUUCACCUGCAGGACAUAAGUUGUUGAGUGGAACUUUAAAUGACAUUCAAACCAACGUGUUUAGAUCCCGUGCUGCGAUGCUGCACACAGGAAGUGAUUUCUUUUAGGUCAAGAUCAGAUCGUAUAUAUCGUAUGUCGUCUUGCAGUUGCCAAAUGUCCUCCCGUUGGAUGAUACCAGCUGUCAAUCACUCUGGUGUCCACUGGAGUCGCCCCCUGGUGGCUAAUUUCUACUGUCUUUCAUUCCCUCAGUAUACUUUUCUUUAUUUUUCAAAUUUUUAUUUCUUAUAAAUCCAUGGUCAAGACAAGACGAAGGCAACAGCAACAUUGCACUAGUAAAGUGAGGCGACGCGGUUCACGAUAUUUUCCUGAAGAUCUGAUUCUUCCUAACUCAAUUCAAGAUGGCUGCUUCAAAAUAAUGCGGCGGUCAAAAUGAGGGGAAAAAAUAAAAGAAACGUUUUUGAAAUGCUGAAAUCCAAAACACCUCCUUCUGCACCGUCUGUCUUCUUCCACUAUGUCUAUUUGUUUUGCUCCCGUUAACUCCUUGGCGGCGUCCAUUUUGUUUUUUGACUCAUAGAAGCUAGAAUGUACGAACUUACUUGAAUGUGACGUCAUUCCCAGAUUCAACUUCCGAUUUCUUGGGCAACUGGAACACACUUCUGCGUCACAGCCACAUGUUUUGCUUAGCUCUCUAAUCUCGUUGUUGGCGUCCUUUUUGUUGCCUUACUUGUGAAUCCUGAGGAAGCUAGCUUGGUACAUGCUAACUUGGGCGUGUUGUCAUUCCCAGCUGCAACUUCCAAAAUUUUACUGAAGGUAACAGGAACAUACUUUUGCUCGUUCUCCACGUUAUGUUUCGCUGUCUCUAAACUAAACUUAUUUGGUUUUGUUGUCUGGCUCGUGAAUUCUUAGAAAGCUAGAAUGGUCUACGCUAACUUGAAUUUGACUUCAUUCCUAGCUUUAACUUGCGACUUCUGAGACAACUGGAACACACUUCUGCAUCGCACUACAUGUUACGUUAAUGGCAUGCUUUGUUUAGCCCUCUAAACUCCUAGUUAGCGUCCAUUUUGUUUAUCCGAUUUGUGAAAACGUGGGUCUGACGUCAUUCCCAGCUCCGACCUUUGACUUCCUGGGCCACUGGAACACACCAUUACAUGCUCUGUAGUCAUAUAAUUAAAUUACAUUCUGAGGAAGACAUCACAUUCUGAGGAAGACAUCACACACAUCUGUGACAUCACAUUCCCAGUUUAAACGUCCGACUUCUUAGGCAACUGGAACACGUUUGUUUCACGCGAUAUGUUUAGUGAACUAUGCUUAGUUUUCUAAACUCUAGUAGUGGUGUACAUUUUGUUGUCAUCGGGCUCGUGAAUUCCUAUGAAGCUAGAAUGGUAUGCGCUAACUUGAAUUUGACUUCAUUUCCAACUUUAACGUCCGACUUCUGAGGCAACUUGAAAACACUUCUGCUUCACACAACAUGUUACGAUAACUGCAUGCUUUGCUUAGCUCUCUAAACUCCUUGUUGGCGACCUCUAAACCUGGUUGUAUCGUCAUUCCCCACUCAAACGUCUGUUUGUUUAACACUAGGUGAACCACAUUUAGUUUCUUGCUCUAAACUCGCACUAACUUGGGGGCAAUGUCGUUCCCAGCGUCAACUUCCGAACUUCUUAGGCAACUGGAGUGCACUUCUGCGUCAUAUGACACGUCACGCUAACAUGCAUGCUUGGUUUUAGCUUCUUGGUGGCAUUCAUUUUGUUUCUAUUACCCACUUUGUGAAGUUUUUGGGAACGGGAAAUACGUUCUAAACCUGCACUGUUGUCAUUAAACGUUCACAUGAUGCGUUUUUGUCCCAAAGCGAGUCGAUUUACAAAGAAACGCAAGCCGUGAUAUAAUUGUAUCCGUGGUUUCUUCCUAAUCGCCACCUGUGUCACUGUUCUCCAGACUUUAGAUUGAUUUGUCUUCAUGUCAAUUAGACGAAGACGAUUCAAUUCUCACUGUCUUUGACGAAUGUUUGAUUUAUUUCAGCCAAAGCCGCCACGUGUUCAAUAAUAAUAAUAAAAAUGUAUUGUUUCUAAUCAUUAACAUCAGUAUUUGUGCUUCAAAGAUUUUUGACACUGAAUGACAUGUUUGUUUGUUUUUCUGGAAAAAUGAAUGCAUUACUUUCAGUUGUGCUAUACAGUAUAUAUAUAAAUAUUCACAUAUAUAUAUAUAUUUAUUGAUUUUCACAUCACUGUUCUUUGAUUGUAUAGUUGCCGUGUAUAGGAGCUGUAGGGAGAACCAAACUCACACCUGAAUUGUGACGUCGUUAAAGGACAGACCGUAUAAUCAUAGGAGCAAAAAAACUGUUCAGUGAUAGCAGGUGUUAAAUGUAUCAAUGUCCUCAGACCAUGAUUUUGCUGAAAUUGCAUCAUGUAAAAUGGGGCAAAAAAUAAAUAUGGACACAUGUA